AAACAGACAGGCAUGCUUUAAUUUUGAUAUAAAAAUUCUUGUUUUCGUUGUACGUAAAAUAACGAGAUGAUGGAACAGCCAAGAAAUUUGUUGAAAAACAACUGGCGUACUUAUUGAAAAAAGAUUUAUUCAGAUUUGAGACUUUCGUGGUUUCCUUGUACUCUACUUCUGUCCUUUAUAUAUGAAACGAUUUUUCUGCGAUACGGUACGAUCUUUUUCUCUACUUAUUUGAACUAAACGCAUCUGCUAACAAACAUCAUUAUCGUAGAUAUUGCAUUUUAUCUGUUUGAUCUAUCGUAUAUUUAUCUUGCUGGUUAUGGCUUUAGCAGGUGCCGAUAGUUAUCGUCAUUCUAUUGUCGAUUAUUCCCAAUUCGAUGCGACUGAAAAUAUUAAUCAGGAUGUUCUUCCUCCAUCUAUAUCUGCUCUUGAAUUAAAACUACAUCUUGAAAAAGUAGCUCAACUUGAUCCAACCACUGAAGAAAAUAAAAGAAAUCAAAGAAAAUUCCAGUUGACUACUUACAAAAACUUAAUAAUUAUAUGUGUUGCGUUUCUUCUACAAUCGGUUAUCGGUGCGAUUGGCAGCUUACAAAGUUCAUUGAAUACUGAAGCGCAGGUUGGUGUUAAUUCAUUGUCGAUUGUAUCUGGAACUCUUAUUGUUUCCUCAAUAUUUUUGCCACAUCCUAUAAUUGCCAUAUUUGGGUUAAAAUGGGCUCUCGUCAUCUCUCAUAUACCAUAUUUGCUUUAUAUUGGCGCCAAUUAUUAUCCAAAAGCUUAUUUGAUGUAUCCUGCUUCAGUGUUCUUUGGACUCGGUAACCCUGUAGUAUGGAAGUCAGCGAGUUCAUAUAUUACGGAUGCAGGCACAGCUUAUGCAAAAUCAACCAAGUCUGAUAGGGAUCUUAUCGUUAAUCGGUUUUUUAGCAUAUUCUUCAUGUUUUAUCAAUCAGGACAGAUAUGGGGCAACUUAAUCUCCUUUCUCGUAUUGAAACCCAUAGAAUUAGUUAACGAAAAUGCAACAGAUAUUAGCAGUAAUUCGAAGUACGACAAAUGUGGAGCUGAAUUUAGUGUACACGAUAAUGACGUUGAAGUUGUUAAUCAGAUUAGUCGACAAACGAUAAAUAUACUGUGUACUAUUUAUAUCGUUAUCAGUGCAUGUGGAAUACUAUUACUUGUUAUUUUUCUUGAUCAAAGACGAAAAUCCGCAAGAGACAGAAUGCCUGUGAUGUUGAAACAAAGUGUUAAACUGUUGGUUUCAACUGUGACACAUUUAAAACAAUUCAAUCAAAUUUUGUUGAUACCGCUGACUGAUACACUUUACUGUGUCUAA